UUCUGUUCUAUCUUCUCGCCCAACUGCCAAGCACACGCUGCACGGCCCGCCAUCUUUGUCUUACGGCAAGCAAGUCGCGUGCUAUCUCUGCCCGGCGAACAUCGUCGUCAUCAUACGAUAGGGGUGCGCCCCUUCACGUGCGAGGGACAUUGUCAGUAGAGGGCGCGCCGAAAACGGAGGGGUACGCGCGCGCACGCGUUUUUUACCACUCACUGCGGAAGUCUUGACCUCCCCUCUUUCCCCGACCAGGAAGAGAGAGGAGGUACGACUACCGGCGCUGGUCCCUUUGCUGCUGCCGCUGAUUCGUGCAUGAAGAUGAACACCCGUCGCGCAGCACGAAGGCCGCGGCCAUGCUCCCCCGGACCAAUGGCGCGACGCCGUCGCCGAGCCGGGCCGGUUCGAUUCGUGGCUUCUAGAGCGUGGUUCGUGGGAGCUCUUGUCCUUCUUCUCCGACGCAGCGCAUGGGAGGGUGGUGUCGCCGCGCAAGAAGAUAGCGACGACGGAAACGACGGCGGUAGCACCAGCGCGCCUACGGCGCUCUACCCGGACUGCGAGGCUGACAUGGCCUUGGUCGGCGAUUCUCUCUGCGACUUCGACGUCAACGUCGCAGAGUGCGGUUUCGACGGCGGAGACUGCUGCGAGUGUACCUGCGUCGACACGGGGGAUCAGGUCUGCGGCGAGGGGGGUACAGGGUACUUCUGCGUGGACCCGGACGCCCCCCAAGAUUGCGCGUCUUCGCCGAGCCCGACGCCGAACACGCCGUCGUCGCCGACGUCCUCUGACGCGAUAGACGUAACGGCUGGACCGACGUCGCUCGAUGCGUCUGAUGACCCUUACCCGGGCUGUGGCGGUUACAUCCCACAUAUUGGCGACGGGUACUGCGACGAAGACAACAACACCGCUGCUUGCGGCUUUGACGGAGGGGAUUGCUGCGCGUGCACUUGCGGGGUGGACGCGGACGUGGAGCACGAGUGCGGGCUGCUAGGCGACGGGUACGACUGCCGAGACCCGGACGUGCCCGACGACUGCAACCUGGCCAACUUCGCGCAGUGCGAGGAUAUGAACGGGUACGACUGGCAGGACGGGUACUGCGACGACGACCUCAACACCCCCGAGUGCGGCUACGACGGGGGCGACUGCUGCCGCUGCACGUGUCGAGACUACAAUUCGUGGGGGUACUACAACAGCUGCGGGUACUACGGAUACGACUGCAUGGACCCGGAGGCCCCCAGCAGUUGCAGCACGGACAGCCCGACGCCCAGCCCUGCCGCGGGGACCGACUGGCCAGAAUGCGAGGGCUACCUCUAUGCGAUUGGAGACGGGUUCCUACACGUGUGGGUACUACACCUUCAACUGCGAGGACCCGUCCGUUUCCACGGACUGUUCGACAACAUCCACGUUCGAUUCCGACGACUGGUGACUGUUGCGAGUGCGACUGCGUCGACUCGAGUUACAGCUGCGGAGUCGUCGGCUACGACUGCCUGA